CAGAAGUGACGGCGUUGUUUUCCUUCGGCACCUCCGGCGGAGGAGGAGGAGGAGGAGGAGGAGGAAGGCCGCCAUGGACAUCCUGAAGCGGGAGAUCAGCCGCAAGCGGCAGCAGCUGGAGGACAAGGAGCUAGUGGGGGGAAAUAAGAAAUAUUUCAAACGCAGUGAGUUAGCUAAAAAAGAAGAGGAAGCCUAUUUCCAGAGAUGCGGCUACAAGCCUGUAAAUGAGAAGCCACCUGGAGAGGUGCAGCAACAGGAAGAGGAGGAGAAGCCGCUGACUUCAACAAAUCCAGUGCUGGAACUUGAACUGGCAGAAGAAAAAUUACCAAUGACUCUUUCCAGACAGGAGGUUAUCAGGAGGUUACGAGAGAGAGGUGAGCCGGUGAGGCUGUUUGGAGAAACAGAUUAUGAUGCGUUUCAGCGUCUGAGGAAGAUAGAAAUUCUUGCACCUGAAGUGAACAAGGGUCUGAGAAAUGACCUGAAAGCUGCCUUGGAUAAGAUCGACCAGCAGUAUCUGAAUGAAAUUGUAGGCGGCCAAGAAGCAGGAGAUGAUGACUCACAGAAUGACUUGAAAGUCCACGAAGAGAAUACUACUAUUGAAGAGCUGGAGGCUUUGGGAGAAUCCUUAGGACGGGGUGAUGAUCACUACGACAUGGACAUCAUAACGAAAUUCUUGAAGUUUCUUCUCGGUGUCUGGGCUAAGGAGCUGAACGCCAGAGAGGACUACGUGAAGCGGGGAGUCCAGGGGAAGCUGAACAGUGCCACCCAAAAGCAGACAGAGUCCUACCUGAGGCCACUCUUCAGGAAACUUCGGAAAAGGACACUUCCUGCAGACAUCAAAGAAUCAAUAACAGAUAUUAUUAAAUUCAUGUUGCAGAGAGAAUACGUGAAGGCAAACGAUGCCUACCUUCAGAUGGCUAUCGGAAACGCUCCCUGGCCUAUCGGGGUAACCAUGGUCGGCAUCCACGCUCGAACGGGUCGUGAGAAGAUUUUCUCCAAGCACGUAGCCCACGUUCUCAACGAUGAAACUCAGAGGAAAUAUAUUCAGGGGCUGAAGAGGCUCAUGACCAUUUGCCAGAAGCACUUCCCAACAGACCCAUCGAAGUGUGUGGAGUACAAUGCUUUAUAAGGCUCUCUGGAGGCCGAGCGUGACUCACAUUUUGAUCUCCAAGAUCCAGAGAGCGCUGAAGAAACGGAGCAGUUUGUGCUUGAACACCAACAGAAACUUCGUGCGGGCUCUGCGAAAAGCCAUAAAGCAGCAGAUUUCUCUACAGCUUCCUUUUAAUACGCCCCACUUCUGUAGAUUCCUUUUUAAGUCUGUCCUUUAUGCUGAACAGAUCCUGUACGCGGCAGAGGAGCUUUUGAAAGGGGGAUGACCACGACCAGGGGGUGUUGACCGUGACCCUUGCUUUUAUUUCCGUUUGUUGUUCGGGGAACUGCGUAGACUGAGCUGAACCUCGCUGCUGUAUCGUAGAGCUUUAGGUGAGGCUCAGCCCCGCCAGGACUGGAUGGUGGAGGUUUUUGGCAGCUUUCCCACUGGAGGCUGAUGUGGGUAGAUGAUUAGAGGGAAGCAGUCGAAGCUGAAUCUCGGUUGUUUCUGUAAAUACGAAGACUUUAGUGGCUAAUCUUUCAUGUGGUAUCUAUCAGGACAAAAAAAAAAAAAAAAGUUUAUAUAUUUCUCAGCUGAAAAAUACAGCCACUGUCAGUGGAAAGAGUUUUUGAUCUUGAA